GCGCGCAUCGUGCCCUGUCUGCUUUGGAGAGGAGACGAAAAAAUUGUGGCGCGGCUACCCAACCCAGACAGCGGCCUGCCUCUCAGUGAUGAGCGUGGGUCUGGUAACGUUAGUGCGCGCGAGACUCUGGCUGGGCCACGUAGCGAUGGAUCUACUGCAAACAUAUCAGUGCCAUACAUUCUAAAAAUGCAUUAGUAAACACAUUUGCAAUCGCGCAUGCAAUAGGAUUAUCAAACAGUGGUGAACUGCAACAGUAGCUGGCUCUUUUUGUGCGUCUGUAGCACUCCAGAAUUCCUGUAACUGAUUGCACGAAAUGAGAAAGAGGGCGCUCUCACCGAGGCCAUCUCACAGGCGGCAGAUUGUAGAUGGCUCCUGAAACGAGGCACAGAAGUUCUGACUGCAGCUCCAAGUUCGGCGUGAAGCUCACCCUCAAGACAGAAGCUUAAAGACUGAAGCCCUGACGGACAAUAUAGCGUUGACUGCCUCACGGAAGAAACUAACCUGAGAGGCUUCAUCUGCGGAGAGACCGAAACCUCAUCGAGGUUGAAGGGCAGACACACUAACUUCCAGAGAAGCUUUGAGAGUCAAGCUCAACAGAAGCCUAUGGAACAAAGCUGUAGCAGAAUGUCACUCACUCCGGUCUGUCCUCAGUCUUUGUCCUGUGGUGAGCAUGGAGGCCCUGUUUGAAUCUGGGUGAAGCUUUCUUCCCUUCACCCCUUCCUCCUUCCUGUCUCCUCAGUGGCGGGAGGGGUGGGGGAUUGCUUCCGUUCCCCCUGCCCCUCCUUACAGCAUAGCGAGGGUAUUCUCACAGUUUAAGAAUACAAACACUGCUAACAAACCUCUGGCAGUGCUUCAACUAGCACUACUACAGUCUUCCCCUCCCCCACACAUGAAAUCCUGCCAGAGCCUGAAGGAAGAGGUGUCCAGCCCCGGCCCAGGUGGGAUGUCCCAGGAGGAGGGGCGCAGAACGCAGCAGGUGGCCCAGUCCUACUACCACUCCCCCGCCCCAGACCUGGACCUAGCGGGCAAGCUGUACAAGCGGGAGGGCGGGGGCAAGCCUUACUCUGUGCUAGUGGACAACAAGAUGGCAGCCAAGACCCCCAUGGGUGACCAGACCCCCGGUCAGCUGCCCCCGCAGCACGUCACCUCCCCCCAGCAGCAGUACUACAGAGAGGGUACAGUAGGGCAGGAGGGGCCCCAGGCAGGCAAUGGGGGCACCUCUGAGGACUCUGAGGAGGAGGAGGAGGAGUCCUUCAAGCGUGAGCAGAUCAUCGUGGAGGUCAACCUGAACAAUCAAACCCUUAAUGUAUCAAAGGGGGACAAGUCCGCCCCCCAAACCGACACCUCAGAGAGACACUGCAGUGAGGAGGAAGAUGAGGAGGAAGAAGAUGAGGAGGAAGAGGAAGAAGAGGAGGAGGAGGAAGAAAUAGAGAGCCGUAGAACGAGAGCCAAGAGGGCUCGGUGUGGGGUGGCCCCUGCUACCAGCCAGCCCCGGAGGAAGACCCAGUGCACCGCUCUGAGCACCACCGGCAUGACCACCAGGGGCCGACGGAAGAAGACCACCCAGCCGCCCAAGAGGACGCGCCGGACUGCCAGGGAGGGCAAGGGGACCCCCUCCUCAGCUGUCUCUGCCACGGGGGAUAAAGCGGAUGGGGAAGAGAGGGAGACGCUGGCGUGUGAGAAGUGCCCACGCGUCUUCAACACCCGCUGGUACCUGGAGAAACACAUGAACGUCACACACAGACGCAUGCAGAUCUGUGACAAGUGUGGCAAGAAGUUUGUCCUGGAGAGUGAGCUGGCCUUACACCAGCAGACCGACUGUGAAAAGAACAUCCAGUGCGUCUCCUGCAACAAGUCUUUCAAGAAGCUGUGGUCGCUGCACGAGCACAUCAAGAUUGUGCACGGCUACGCGGAGAAGAAGUUUGCCUGUGAGAUCUGUGAAAAGAAGUUCUACACAAUGGCUCAUGUCCGCAAGCACAUGGUUGCCCACACUAAGGACAUGCCGUUCACCUGUGAGACCUGUGGCAAGUCGUUCAAGCGCAGCAUGUCCCUGAAGGUGCACUCGCUGCAGCACUCUGGGGAGAAGCCCUUCCGCUGUGAGAACUGUGCUGAGAGGUUCCAAUAUAAGUACCAGCUACGCUCCCACAUGAGCAUCCACAUCGGACACAAGCAGUUCAUGUGCCAGUGGUGUGGCAAGGACUUCAACAUGAAGCAGUACUUUGACGAGCACAUGAAAACACACACAGGAGAGAAGCCGUUCAUCUGUGAGAUCUGUGGGAAGAGCUUCACCAGCCGGCCCAACAUGAAGCGCCACCGCCGCACCCACACAGGAGAGAAGCCCUACCCCUGCGAUUUGUGCAGCCAGCGCUUCCGCUUCUCCAACAUGCUCAAGGCCCACAAGGAGAAGUGCUUCCGGGUCACCAGCCCUGUGACCCUGCAGGCCAGCGGCCUCCCCCUACCUCUCCACCUCUCUGCCAAUGCCUCCUCCUCCUCUGGCCCCGGCCCGGGCCUUGCCCCCUCAGCUGCCACCACCUCCGCCCCUCUGGGCCUCAGCCCGGCAGGGGGGGCUCUUCCCCCACGCACCCCCGUGGGACACGCCACCUUCUCCCACCUGCACUUGUCCCCCUCUCACCAUCUCCCUCACCACCACACGUCGCAACAGCAGCAGCACCACCCCGGCACGCCCCUGCAAGCGCCCCCUCUCCCCCACCACCACCACUUGCCUGUGCCCCCUGUCUCCCCUCCCCCCGCCCUCUUCAAGAGCGAGCCCCUCAACCACUGUGGGCAGGAGGACAGCAGCUACCUGCGCUACAUGGCACCGCAGGACAAGGGCCCCGGGGCCCCCCAGCAUCACUGAACCCUAUGUGGGCCCUGGGCUGCAGGCCUGCCUGUCACACCUCCAUACCCCCACCCCAACUCUCCCUGUACCUGGCCACUGGUGUAGAGCGGCCUCUCAAAGACUGAUAUGAACAAGACACACCAGUGUGUGGGAGAGUGUGAGGGAUACAGACAGGUACACUUUCAGUCUACACUUUAGAUAAGUGAGUGACCCACUUAGCUAGAGACCCAAGUCAACUGACACAGAUUUUACAACCUCUUGCUAAGAUAUUUUCUUGAGAAAAUAUUCUUAGUAAAUCCUGAAUUCUUAGACAACCUGCCUCCCAUGGUAGAAGGCUGUGUGUGUACCGGUAUGUGAGUUAUCCCUCGUUUGUGUACAUUGUAUCCUCUCCACUGACGGCUGCUGAUGUAAUUAUUCUACUAGUAGUUCAUUAUCCAGGUAGCGGAUCAGAACAGAUCCAUUUAAUCAACUUAGUCCUUCAUGUCGACUGACUUAAACAACGGUUGCACAGUUCGGGGGAGUUGUAAGUCCUGAUCCUAAGGCUGACCCGUUGAACCAUGGGGUCACCAAGGUCUUGUUGAAUGGUUACCAUCCUGGUUCCAACUAGGCCUCCCACUGUCUCCCGAGGCAUUCCAUACUGGUUCUACCAGCAGUAGGUCAGGAAUCACUGCCAUAGGUCACAGUGGGGAGGUUAGAAAACACCUGUUAGUGCUACUACUAGUCUGCUGCAACAGCGAUUCUAAUUUUGGUUAAUUGUUGCUUUCCAGUGCAGUACUACACACAGUUCUAUACACACAGGCUAGAUUUCAUUACAUCUGGAGUUUCUCAGUGUAAUUUAACAGUGUGGGAUUGGUUGCAUUGUUGUGAUGCAGUUCUGGGAUAUGUCUUCUUGACUGACUUACAGCCUUAUCUUAGAGCUGGUAAGGUCAGACGUUCCCAACAGAACAACCCUGAUGAACCUGAACGUGCCGUCCUGUAUACACACAGACACACACUUCAAAAAGCAGUAUGUCAUCACUGGUCUCUUUUUCCUUUCGCUUCACACAAAAUGCUUGACAAGGGAUUCUGCUAUUUUUUUUGGUCUUCUGUCAUCAAAACAGUUAAAUACUGCCACUGUGACGGGUCAUCGCAUACGACCCAACCUGCACCUCGCGUGUCUCUUCUCGCUCUCUAUCUCGCUCUCUAUCUCUCUCUCUCUCUCUCUCUCUCUCUCUCUCUCUAUCUAUUGCUCACUCCUCUCUCUCUCUCCUGCUGCUGCUGAGAUAAUGCCGGUCACCCUGUAAAAGGUCAUUAAAACACAAGAUUCAGAAGUUCUGACUUUUUCAGCACAACUCUUAACUGAAAAAGAUGUGUUUUUCCAACCAGCCUAUAUUCCACAGCUUGGUGUGGAGCAGGACGCUUUUUCUGUAAUGUAACGGUUUGUUCUCUUAGUUUUACUUAUACUGUAUAAGGUUACACAAACAUUGAGGCCCUAUCACACACUUUGGCAAAUAAUGAUGAAUCAAAACAUGUUGAAUGUUGUCUAGAUGGAGUGAUAUGGGCUAACGGUUUAGCAAUCAAAUUUGUUAUUUUCUAGUAAUAUUUUCUGGAAAUAUGCUACAUUCAGUUUCAGACUGAAGAAUUGUUCUCAUCUCGCUCUAAACAUACUGUUGAGUGAUAGUCAUAGGAAAGGUUGGAGGAUAUUUCUAACAUGCAUUUAAAUGUCUUGUAUAGAUACAUUUACUCAAGUUGUACAUUUACUCAAAGAAAUCACAUUUGUAAAUGUAACCUUUUUUUGUGUGUGUGAAUGUUCCGCUGUCCCAAUGUAUGGUAUUCUGACAGUCAGGUUGUUAGUAUUGAUGAAUGACAGAGAGAGAUUCUGGCGUGUCGGAUGGUUGGGAGUGGGUUGUAGGAUGUUGUCCGCCCCCCUUCACCCUGUCUGGUACUGUUUUCAGAUCAGACUGAGUGUUGAGGAGCAACAUUAAGGUGUGUGUUUGUCUCAGUAAUGGCAAAAUGGAACCCCUCUGGUGCUGUUGUAACAAAAGAUGCUUUUACAUAGUCUGGCCCCGGCCAUAUUCUCUUUCUGUCGUUCACUUCUCUGGGUCUCUCCCUCUAUGCACACCCUGCUAAAGCCAUUCCAUCUGUUGAACAGGGUUUGGGGGGGGAUUUGUAGACACAAGAAUAUGUCUUACAUGUUUCUGUGGAUUAA